AUGGGAAAGCUUGAUGGAGGACCUCGAGGGGUGGAUGGUACCAAGGCGCUCAGUUGGUUGACCUUGGAUAGUAUUGGCGAGUUUCCUUCUACUGGCUCUCAAGUUUCACUAGAGUACUUUAAGGCUACAGAAUGUAUCCUGAUCGUCCUGGACCUUCUCCGCUUAGUGCUCCCCAGCGACAUGCUUGCUCAACUCGCUAGGCAUCAACGAUCUGCACUCGAGAAGAUGUGCGAGCGCAUCGCUCUAGGUGACACAGGCUGUGCAGAUUUCUUCGGUCACAUACUCAGCUCCAACCUAACUGACAAAGGGAAGCACAACGAGGCCUUGCUCGCCUCCAAGUCCAUGGUCCCCACCACUGCCGGUUCCGAGACCACGGCCACCACGCUGGCCGCCAUUACUCAAUACCUCUUGCGCAACUGCCACUACCUCUCCCACCUGACUAAAGAAGUACAGGAUGCUUUCGAUGACGCCUCCUACCUCCUCGCCAUUAUCGAAGGCCUCACAUCUACCCGCCCGUGUCCUAAGGCCUGCCGCGCGCGUCCCCGGACGAGUUUAUCCCCCCCGGCGCCACCAUGUUCACGCGAUACUUCGCCCUGGCAAGCUUUAGGUCUCGUGGGAGAAGCCCAAGUUGAUGGUGGGGUUUCAUGA